AUGGCCCGCUAUCACCCCCUUAUAGACAGGACUGCAAGCCUGUGGAGGAAGAGGGGCUUCCACACGUUCGUGCUGCGGCCGCACUGCGGGGAGGCCGGGCCCAUCCACCACCUGGUGUCCGCCUUCAUGCUGGCCGAGAACAUCUCGCACGGGCUGCUUCUGCGCAAGGCCCCGGUCCUGCAGUACCUGUACUACCUGGCCCAGAUCGGCAUCGCCAUGUCGCCGCUCAGCAACAACAGCCUCUUCCUCAGCUACCACCGCAACCCGCUGCCCGAGUACCUGUCCCGCGGCCUCAUGGUCUCACUGUCCACCGACGACCCCCUGCAGUUCCACUUCACCAAGGAGCCGCUGAUGGAGGAAUACAGCAUCGCCACCCAGGUGUGGAAGCUCAGCUCCUGCGACAUGUGUGAGCUGGCCCGCAACAGCGUGCUCAUGAGCGGCUUCUCCCACAAGGUGAAGAGCCACUGGCUGGGACCCAACUACACCAAAGAGGGCCCCGAGGGCAACGACAUCCGCCGCACCAACGUGCCCGACAUCCGCGUGGGCUACCGGCACGAGACCCUGUGCCAGGAGCUGGCGCUCAUCACGCAGGCCGUGCAGAGUGAGAUGCUGGAGACCAUCCCGGAGGAGCCGGGCCUCACCAUGAGCCCGGGGCCCCAGUGAGCCCGGCCACGGGGGCCCGCAUCCCAGCGCCUUGACCACGUUCUGUCCUCGGACCCCCCCCCCCACCUGUCGUGGCCUCUGCAUGUGUUCGUUCUCUGUUGCCCUGCAUGUCUCCGUCCUCUGUCUCCGUGCCUCCCCCGGAAGCGGGGCCCAGGAUGCGCUCCGCCCUUUCUUGGCUCAGGUGGCACCCCAUGGCCCAAGUUUGAGGGCCGCCCUGUUGGUGGCCCUGUCCCCAGACCCUCCGAAGCCUGGCCAGGGCUGGUUGUGGGGGGCUGGCCCCUCCGGCCUUUGGAGUCCUGCCUGGGCAAGUCUGAGCGUUGGCCAGGGGUGGAGUUGACCCCCCGUCUUGUUUACGUGGCUGAAGUCCAAGGUGGGGCCUGUGCACAUCUGCUGUGGGCACGGGGCUGCCGGGCCUGGGGGGCUCCGGCGGGGGUUAGUUAGCGCUGGGCUGAGAGCAGGCGGAGCCCUGGCAUCCUGGGCUUGGGCUUGGGCCUGGCGGCGCGGGACCACCACCUCUGCCCAGUCGGUGCCCGGCAGCCUUCUCUGUCCUUCCUCUGGGCCCUGUGCUCUGCUGUCCGCUUCCUGGGCCAUGUCUGGGGCCAGUGCCGCUGGAGGCUCCUGGAUCUGCCACCGGCCCUGGGGGUGGCCCCUCCAAUGUGGUCCCUAGAGUUCUGACCAGACCUGAGUCCUGGCUGGUCCCCUGUGCUGUUGUGUGGACCGAGGCCUUCGCUGUGAAACGCAGUGUUUCGUACAAUCCCGUCCCUCCUAGUGCAUGAGAAAUAAAGAGUAUUUAAGUAAAGAGGCAGGUGGGGUCUCUGUGGGGAGAGGGGCAGCCGUGUCCGUGGCUGAGGUCAAGCCAGGAGCACUGUGGAGGGAAGGACGGGAUUCCUAGGGGAGCGACGGGGCCUGGCCGAUGUGUGUGCUGGUGCACACGGAAGCUGUGGGAGGGAGAAGAGGCCCACGGGGGGCACCCGCCUGCCAUCACAGGCCUCGCCCAGCCUGGCCCCUCUGAAGCGACACUGCCCAUCUGCUGCAGCCCCAUGGCACCGCCUGGGAGGUGUGGGCCUGUGCACUGACAAGCAGACCUAGGCCGUGGGCCUCACACUCUGACGCCUGCACAUCCGGGGAGCUUGUUUAAAAUGCCACUUCCAGGCCCCACCCUCCGAUCCCCAUUCAGCGAGCGGAAGGUGCAGCGUGGAAAUUGAACCCGCUCGGCUUCUGUCCCGUGUUUAACACACAACAUCUGGAGCGCCUGCAGGGAGGGAAGCGAGUGUGCCCUGUGCUGGGCAGGGUCCCGGGUUGGCGCCGAGAAGCCUGUCCCUGCUGCUGCUGAGUGGGGCGGAUGACGGGCUGGCCGUUUCGGAAGCAAUUAGCCCGAGAACAGCGCGAUCCGAGCAAUUGAAGGCCUGGUGAAAGCUGGCUUCCUCCUCCCCUCUUGUCAGCUUGCUUGGCCCAGCCUGCGGCGUCUGUGCCAGCCACCUCCUGGCAUGACACUCGCCCAGUGUCCCCGGGCAGAAGCUCUCCUCGUGCCCUUGCCUCCGGAGGGCCCCUGGAGGGCCAGGCCUGCCCCUGGCCAAGACCCAGGUCCUCCAGUCUCCAGAAGGCUCUUGUCGGUUUCCUGUCGCCGCAUCAGGGCUGGCUGAGGAGCUAGAGGCUGGACAGCUCUGGCUCGUUUCUGUUGGGGAAACAGCAGGUGCAAGUGGCCGGUGGCAGAACCAGGACGGAAGCCAGGAGAGCUCAGCACCCAGGCUCCUCCACCCCACGCUGGGUCCCCUCUGCCUGAAGGACACUGCUGUUCCAGGGUGAGGGGAGCUCCUUUCCAAGGUGUUCCAUCCAUUUCAUAAUAAAAACGUGCUCCGUCUUCUCUUCGUUUGCAAAACGAGGGAGCAGGAUUGGAGGAUCUUUCUAGAAGGUUCCUUGAAAGGAAGAAUUGCCUGCUUCGUGUGCCAGCAUCAGGACAGCAAGGACUCCAUGUUUACUCACUGGGUUUGUCGUGUGAUAGAAGCCUUCAUGUCAUUUUCUCGUCCUCUGUACAGUCUUCUCCUGUGUGCGGAGACCCAGCCCUGAGAACACUACCAAUUCCAAGCGUUUCUUUGCAAGCUCCCCACUAUUUUUUUUUUUAAAAAAAACAACUUGCUUCUGGAUUUUUUUGGUUCUCUGAAAUCUCUUUCAAACAUUUAUUGAGAGAAAAUAUUUUUAAAACAUUCAGGCCUUAAUACUUUUUCCUACCUGGAAGGAAAUAAUUUUCAUUGCAGAAAUUUGGAAAACAUACAAAAAUUGGAACAACAACAGCAAAAAGCCCACUGGUUGACUUAAUAGCAACAAAUAUUUGCUGGUCAUCUGCAUGCCUGCGAUCUACGUUUUAAAACAUAUACAUAUCUUUGAGUUAUUUUUAAAGAAGGUAUUUUUGAGUUGAGAUAUAUGUAUAAUUUUGUGGUUUUCAAAUACUUUAACAGAUCUUUCCAUAUUUCAUUAAAGUAUUUAUAUAAAUCUUAAUUCCUGUUCACAAGACCAUCCCUUGCCGUCAUAGCUCUUUUUGGUUGAGAACAACUAUGGCCCAAUGUUGUGACUUCACUCUGGAGCCACACACUGCUUUCUGGCUGUGCGCCCUUGGGCAAGUUACUUCCCCUCUCUGUGCCUCCAGGGGGCAGGGGAGGAUCCAAGUGCCCUGGCUUCUCUCCAGGGGGCAGGGCCUACGCCAAAGGCCUGGGAAAUGGUGAAGACCUGAAAGAAAAACUUUGGGGGCUGCAAAAUAUGAAAAGGACAGUGUCACAAUCGAUAAGUGUUUGAAUGCCUUCCGAAUGCUGAGCUGCACGUCGACUUUAAUCUUUGUGAAGUUCGGUAUCCACAGAAAUGUCAUUAUAUUUGAAAACAAUUUGUAAAUUGGGUUUUUGGCAAGAGUUCCAGACUAUGCAGGAUGAUUGAAGAGAAAUCAUAAGGCCAAAAAAGAAAAAUAAAUCCUAGCCAAUAGUAAACUAAAUGAGUUACUCAUCGUCAAGUAAUUUCAAAAGCAAAUUCAUAAAAGCCCUUGUACGAUGAAAGCCAAGAAGAGUUCUAUUUGAUGAGGGAAUGUGGGUGCAUUUUAGCUUCUGUUCCGAGGAGGGUGGGGUCGUGGGGCAUCUGGGGUGGGGUCUGUGGAGGGCUGAAAAUGGUCCGGCCAUCAGCUCCGCCUGUGGUCUAGCCGGGCCCCUUUCUCCCGCUGCCUCCCUAACAUUGGGCAGGUUCAGAGUGCCUAGGCGGGGGUCUGUGCAACCCUCGUGUGGCUAGAGGUUCUGGCUCCAGUUAGAGAAGAAGCUGACCUGGAUUUGAAACCUGAGUGUUUCCCGGGGCAAGCCCCCCCUCCCCGACUUCCCAGGUUUGGGGUGCUGUGCAGCCCAUUUCCAGCCUUGCAUGCAGAGCUAGGGUUCAAAUCUAAGUCCACUGGACUCCAGAUUCCAAGUGGACACACAGGCGUGCGGCUCUGAAGGUCCGGCAAACCCCAGAAUCUUGAAAGACCACGCUGUCUGGGAGAUCCGAAUCCCACAUCAUCCGAGACGCGGUGAGCGCCACCCGCUGAGAUGACAGGCCUUUUGGUCUCGUCAAAGGGAAGAGAAGCCGAAAUCUGCCAAGAGGCUGCCCGUGUCAGUCCCGGGUGGCCUGCAGGACCAAUAGCCUGCAUGUUCUUUUCUGCUGGGAGAGCAGGGCCACCCCGUGUAUAGCACCACCCACUGGUGAGGGUGAACCUGAAGAGCUGUCUAAUAAAGUCAUGUGCACUCUC